CCUCCAACACACAGGAAGUGAAAAUUCCCAAAGCCCUAGUCGUGUUCUAGUUUUUGUGUGUUAAUCAACACAAGCCCUACUGCACCUGCCAGUCUCCGUUCUCAUCUCAGCUCCUGGUUCGCCCUCGACUCACUUCUGCAAGCGAAUCACUUCAUUCUCUGGCGGUGGCAGCUAAAAUCAAGCGAGAUGGGGAUAAUCGAGAAGAUCAAAGAAAUGGAAGCCGAGAUGGCUCGAAACCAGAAAAAUAAAGCUACAGAUUAUCAUCUUGGUCAGCUCAAGGCAAAGAUAGCAAAGCUAAGGACACAAUUGUUGGAGCCUCCUAAAGGUUCUAGUGGAGGUGUAGAUGGUUUUGAAGUUAUGAAAUAUUGCCAUGGACGUGUUGCACUGAUAGGAUUUCCAAGUGUCGGGAAAUCAACUCUCUUGACAAUGUUAACUGGCACUCACUCAGAAGCUGCAUCAUACGAGUUCACAACACUUAGCUGGAUUCCUGGGAUCAUACACUAUAAUGAUACUAAAAUUCAGUUGCUUGACCUUCUGGGAAUUAUUGAAGGUGCUUCAGAAGGCAAGGGUCGUGGGAGACAGGUUAUUGCUGUUUCCAAGUCUUCAGACAUUGUGUUGAUGGUUCUUGAUACCUCAAAAAGUGAGGGGCAUCAACAAAUAUUGACAAGGGAACUGGAAGCUGUGGGCUUGUGCUUAACCAAGAGACCACCUCAAAUUUACUUCAAGAAGAAAAAAACUGGUGGCAUCUCUUUCAACAGCACUGUACCUGUAACUCAUGUGGAUGAGAAGCGUUGUUAUCAGAUUUUACAUGAAUACAAAAUUCACAAUGCAGAGGUGCUAUUUCCUGAGGAUGCCACAGUUGAUGAUCUCAUUGAUGUUAAUGAGGGUAACCGCAAAUACAUGAAAUGCAUAUAUGUUUACAACAAGAUAGAUGUUAUUGGUAUUGAUGAUGUAGACAAGUUAGCUCGCCAACCAAAUUCUAUUGUCAUUAGCUGCAAUUUGAAGCUCAACUUGGACAGAUUACUUGCAAAGAUUUGGGAAGAAAUGGGGCUAGUGAGAGUCUACACAAAACCACAAGGAUAGAGGUGGCUGCUCAGUUGAGGACUUCUGUAAUCACAUACACAGGAGUUUAGUGAAGGACGUGAAAUAUGUGCUAGUGUGGGGCUUGAGUGCACGACACUACCCUCAACACCGUGGCCUUGGUCAUGUUCUCCAAGAUGAGGAUGUGGUUCAAAUUGUUAAGAAAAAGGUGAUGAAUGCUUAGUAAUUUGAUUCUACAAAAAUUCAGUGCAGGACUUUGCGUUGCCAUUUUGGCCACAUUUCUUGAAAUUCAAGAUUUAGGAAAUAAACAAGCGUUUAAUUUUUCUCUUUCCUUUUUCGUGGACUUAGAGAUGUCCUUGUUCUCAUUUAUAGUUGUUUUAAGUCCUGUAUACGCUAUUGCAUUUUGCCGGGAAAAGGAAGAUGGAGGCAGGGGUCGAUUCAAAUCACAUUCAACAGCUCAUGCUCGAAUAUCUGACAGAGAAAAGAAAGCUCCCUUGAAGACAUAACGACUUCAUUUGGCAUUGGUGUGGGCUUUUGGAUCUUGUGCUUCAAUGAAUGAAAUACUAGUGGCAGAGGGUGACUGCUAAAUUGGUUGUGGUUAUAGAUAAUUAUGUUGUAAUUUUGAUAAACCCUUUUGGUGGUCUUCUUAUUUACAUAGUCGGAAAGCUGUAUUUUAAGAGAUGUUCAUGAGUUUUAGAAUUAUAAUGACAUUUGAAUCAUUUAUAUGCAAACAUUUAAAAUCUCAGGAAUGUAUAAGAGGUAAAGAGUAUUAUCUUCUCUUUUGGAUUA